GAGUCCUGGGAGUGGGCGUGGCGCGGUCACCUGGAGGAGGAGUGUCAUGCCGGCGCUGCUGCUGCUCCUGGCCGCGGCCGCCGUCUGCUGCUCCUGCUGCGGGCUCGCGCUGCUGCUCCGCCGGCUCCCGGGCUGCUCCUGCCUCCCGCGGGCACUCAUGGCCCGCACCGAGAAGCCGUUCUUCAGGAUCGCGUAUGGCUUGUACACCCGCACCAGACUUGGCUAUCUGUUCUACAAGAGACAGCUGAAGAAGGCCCGAGAGCGCUACCCUCAGGGGCACUCGUCCACCCAAGCCAUAGUGUUUAGUGGUGUUAAAGUGGUGCCCAUCCCUGUACUGUCUGAUAACUACAGCUACCUGGUCAUCGACACGACAUCUAACCUGGCGGUGGCAGUGGACCCGUCUGACCCCAUUGCUGUACAGAACUACGUGGAGCGGGAAGGCGUGAUGCUGGAAGCCAUCUUGUGUACACAUAAACACUGGGAUCACAGCGGGGGCAAUAAAGCUCUGAAGAAGCUGUACCGAACCUGCCGGGUGUACGGGAAUUCCUGUGACGACAUUCCAGAACUGACGCACCCUCUGUCUGACAGGGACCAGCUGACGAUCGGGCGGCUGCAGUUUCAGGCGUUCUUCACUCCGGGUCACACCGUUGGUCACAUGAUUUACGUGCUGGAUGGGAAAUCUGGAGACGGGCCGGAUUGUCUGUUCUCUGGGGACCUCCUCUUCCUCGCCGGCUGCGGGAGAAUGUUCGAGGGCUCGGCGGGCACCAUGCUGGCAUCUCUGGAUACUGUGGCCUCUCUGAAUGACAGCACGUUGCUCUGGCCUGGUCAUGAGUACGCUGCAGACAACCUCAUGUUUGCCGCCGUGGUGGAGCCUGAUAACGCGGUGCGGGACAAGAAGUUCCAGUGGGUGGUUCAGCAGAGAUUGGAGAAGAAAUGCACGUGUCCGUCGACCCUCGGAGAAGAGAAGGAGUACAACCCCUUCCUGCGCACUCACUGUAGGGACUUGCAUGUGGCCCUCGACCUCCAGCGAGGAGCUGCCGAGGAGUGGAGUCGUUUCCGUUCUCGGGUCCUAGAAGAAGUUCGAAGGAGGAAAGACCUAUUUAAAGGCAGAUAAUCACCUGACUUCCCCGCUGGGAAAAUGGACCGCGAACUGGAAACUGUGCGUCUGGAGGAUCGGAUUUCACUUUGUCCCCUAAUAAUCCCAUCUGUCCGUAGAAAGGAGGAUUGAGACCGCGACUGCGCAAGACUAAAACCUCGGCAGAUCUUCACAUUUGUGUAUUAGUAGUUUUUUGGUUUGUUUGUUUUGGCACAGAUCAGUAGUGUAUUAUUUUCUAGGAAGAAACACUAAGACUUGGGUGGUGCAGAGGACUGUGGGAUGCGGCGCUGGCGUGAUGCCUGCACGUGUAAUGGAUGUACGGCAGUGUCCGCAUCCUCCACCAUAUGUGACCGAAGUGGCUUCUUCAGGACACUAAAGAGAGAGAAGGAACCUGGAUCCUCUUGGAAGGGCGUGCCUAGCGCUACGGCUGCCCCUGGUGUAGAAUUUUAGUAUAUUUUGACACCCAGUAAAGUAGAUAAUUCUAUAUUGUAAUAUACAUUACUUUAAAUAUCCCCCCUGCCACAUAAAGAGGACCUCUCCCCUGACAUGUCUGUUUUAAUAGCUUCAUGCAUUCCCCAUGUAAUAACAAUUCCGGAGCCUCUAUUCUUACGU